CUCUUUUCCCACUCCUCCUCACUGCUCGGUCGUGUCUGUCUCUCGCUUCCUCGCUGGGCCCGGUCUCACCCUUCGACUCUCCCUCUCUACCCUUUUCCCUCUUCCACCUCUUAUUCCCUCUGCACCUUUAUCACUCCUCGAUUUGUUCCACCUCUUUUGUUGCUACAGCAUCCUCCCAGUCCUUCUUCCUUGUCAACUUUCACUUCCUGUACUCGGCCUUGCUCUGAGGACUUUUAAGAGACUAGCUUCUCUCCUUACCCACUUUCGUUUCACCUGUCCUCGCUUCCCACGAACUCGAGACAGGAGCUCUACCACGUCUGGACGUUUUGCGAAGCUGGUCUCUCGCACUGACUCCAUUUACAUCAUCGACACAUUCGCUAUACACACUCGCAAACCUCCUACUGCUCAGUUGUUCGUGGUUCAAUCCGUCUCCCAACAAUCCUUUCCCUCCGCAGCCGGCCUCCAUUGCGGCGACGAAAAAGAGUUCGAUUGAACAAGAAAAAUAGACUCUGAUAUACUCUCCUGUAUUGCAUGAGCUGAGCAAGAAAACAUUUCACUCCGAGUCGGUCAAGACAGCCAGCGACCCUCCGCCCGUUUCCGUCGACACCUGGAUAGCGUCGACGCUUAUACCCCGACCACUGCGAUGUUUCCCUCGAGCGGUGCGCCAAUGGCCCAACCUCAAAAGCCAGAGACGUUUAUGCUCUCGAACGAGGCACAACAGAGCUUGCCCCAGGAUGCGCAAGUCGCCCUGCAGCAAGUGGACAACCUCAAAUACUUUCUCAUUUCUGCGCCCGUGGACUGGAGUCCCGAUUCUCUCAUCCGCAGAUUCCUCCUUCCCACAGGCGAAUACGUUUCCUGUGUGUUAUGGAACAAUCUAUUUCACAUCUCCGGCACCGACAUUGUGAGAUGCCUGUCCUUCCGUUUCCAAGCGUUCGGGCGACCGGUCAAGAAUCCUAAGAAGUUCGAGGAAGGUAUUUUCUCCGACCUGCGCAACCUGAAAUCAGGCACAGACGCGUCGUUGGAGGAACCAAAAAGCCCAUUCUUGGACUUUCUGUACAAAAACAACUGCAUCCGGACGCAAAAGAAACAGAAGGUAUUUUACUGGUACAGCGUGCCUCAUGACCGCCUGUUUCUCGAUGCCCUGGAGAGAGACCUCAAGCGCGAGAAGAUGGGCCAGGAGGCCACGACUAAAGCUGUGGCCGAGCCAGCGCUGUCGUUCGAAUUCGACUCUUCGCAAUCGCUGUUUGAGCAGCUUACCAAGGCCCAACAAGCCAGCUCAUCGUCAUUUGCAACCGCGAAUGCAAAUGUGACCUAUUCCCAAUCUACUUCACCUGUCCUGCGUGCAGCAGAUUCCAUGCCUCCUCCAAUGGUGCCUCCGCAGAUGCCUCGCUCUCAGGAGCAGCCACAGACCAUGUAUACUAGCAUGAGCAUGCAGCACAACCUUCCUACCCCCCUUUCAACCACUGCGAUGUCUCGAGAGCCGGAUUUCUCUCAAGUCGCAUACGAUCGCGCGCACAUUCGCCAUGCCUCGAUGCCAGCAUAUAUGGAGUACUCUCCAGCUCCCUCAUUCGUGUCCUCACACUUUGAGGACUACAGCACUCGCGGUCUCUCGUAUGAGCCCAUCACACCACCUCAACAUGCCAUCCCUGGCGCUGAGCCUGCUUAUAUUGCCAACGAGGACACUGGCCUGUACUCCGCUAUCCCAGAGAUGCAGCCAAUGCCGACUUAUAACCCUAUGGCUUCGCUGCCGCCUUCUACUCUUUCUGGACCACUCCAUGUGACUGCACCGCGACCCUUCCCACCUACAAACGUGUACUCGGUGAUUGAAGGAUCUCCGACUUACAAGGCAAGGAGGCGGCGCUCAUCGAUCCCAUCGUCCAUCAUGAAUGCGGUGGCUGCCAAUGCCGUUGCUCAAGUUACGCACGGAAUCAAGGCGCAUCUCCCUCAAAGGCCUAGCGAUCUUCGCCGGUCAAUGUCGAGCUCCGUUCUGCCUAUUGCGGAAGGUGAUGAGUCCGGCGACCAGUCUCCUCCUGGUCUCGCGCACAGUUACGCGUCCUCGAUUGUCAAUCGCGACCAUCUCACUGAUUUCUCCCGACGAAGCACGCCGUUACCGAGUCUCGAAGAGGACCCAACCCACUCCCUUGGGAUGUCUGCUGGCACUGAACCCAUGCCUAGUCUUAUGGGAGACGAUAUGCACGUUCAUUCGCUGCAAGCUAGCCCCGCGGUCAGGUUAGAGAGACCUGGUCCCGUCCGCAGAGCACGAAGUGCAACCAUGAUGGAGCUUGGUGUGCCCUACAAAUCCCAUUCAUGCCCAAUCCCCAGCUGCGGGCGGCUUUUCAAGCGCCUCGAACACCUCAAGCGACAUGUCCGCACUCACACUCAAGAACGUCCCUAUGUCUGCCCUUACUGCAACAAAGCGUUCUCACGAUCCGACAACCUGGCCCAACACCGCCGGACUCAUGAAUCUCAACAAGAUGGUCAACCCGCUCCUGUGACCAGUGAAGAAGAAAUGGAGACCGAAGAGAAUGAUUUCUGCUCUAUGGACGAGCUCUCGUCCCCAGAUGAAGUUACGCGCCCCACCAGCGUGUCUGGCAUGAUGGCCAUGUCCAUGCCUCCUCCCUCAACGCUCGUCAUGCAACCAAUGACUUCUCAGCCAAUGAUGGCCCCCAGUCAGCUUGUUCAACCCUCGAUGCUGCAACACUUGUAGAUCUGAGACAUGCAUGUUGCAGUUGCUGAAUGAUUCACUUUCAAGAACGGAAAAGGAAAUUCUUAUGCUUUUAGUGUUUUACCGCAAGCCCCGUCUGAUACCUGGAAAGGAGACGGGACCACGCGCAUGACGAACCAGAGCUCGAUGCAUGUGGAAGAUUACGAGGAGGUGGCGGGUAGUUUGUGAGGCCUUUUGAUGUUGGACAGCAUCCUCAGCAGGCAGCUGAACGGUGGCAUUCUUCCCCUUGUAUUUUGUUCCUCGUCUCGGGGCUUGGGAUGGCGAGGAGACGUCUCUGACACCUACGACGUGGACUGGAACUUUAGCAAUCUGCUGGACCAACUGUACAUAUAUAGCCGCAUUUAUUUAUGUUUCAUCCAUCCUAUCAAAAGGGGACCAAAACAAUUCUCUCAGGCGUCCAAAUACCGUUCUAUUACGCUUC